GCGCAAUAAAGAGCUGUCGGUUCACAGAGCUUGAAGACUGCUACAGAUCAUAUCUCUUCAGAGGAGUGAUAUAUACGACGCUCGUCUAGCCAAUUAUUCAUUUUCCAUUAUGGAUCAUUUAACAGAGAAUAACUUGACAGCAAAGACUCUGGAAUACCCAGUGUGCUCAGAAUGGAAGGAAAAUCCUGAAGGAUCAAUGUUUCAUCUCGCACAUAUACUGCUGGUUUUGGGAUUUAUGGGAGGCAGCGGCUUUUAUGGAUUACUCUACAUGUUCAGCUUUUUAACGCUCGGGUUUUUCUGCUAUUCGAUCUGGGCAUGGUCCGAUCCCUGCACGACUGACUCGUUUUCAUGGACUUUCGCGCUUUUCGCCUUCUGUUUGGCACAAGUUGUUCAUGGCUCGUACCGAUUGCGCAGCGUCACUUUUGAUAAGGAGUUCCAGGAUCUCUACGAUUAUAUGUUCAAAAAGCUGGGAGUAUCCUUAACUCAUUUUGGAAAAAUCGUGGAGUGUUGUGAGGGCGAUAUCUACACUAUAGAUAAAGACCACUGCUUCGCCGUGGAGGGUAAAACCUCCAUCGACAAACUGUCCGUUCUUAUCUCAGGCAGGAUACGAGUGACGGUGAACGGGGAGUUUCUGCACUACAUCUAUCCAUUUCAGUUCCUGGACUCUCCAGAGUGGGAUUCCCUCAGACCUUCAGAAGAAGGGGUUUUUCAGGUUACGUUACGUGCAGAUAACAGGUGCAGGUACGUGGCGUGGAGACGAAAGAAACUCUAUCUGCUGUUCGCGCAGCACCGCUACAUCGCCAAGAUCUUCGCGCUGCUGGUGCGCAAUGACAUCGCGGAGAAACUCUUCUCUCUCAACGACAAGGCUUUCGACAUCCGGGGGUUCCGCUAUGAUCUCCGGUUACCAAGCUUCUGUCACGGACCAGAGACAGAAAUAGAAAACACAAGUGUAUCCCAGCCAGUGCUGGGACAGAGUGAAACCAAACCGGCAGAAAGAGACUCAUGAGAAACGCACGCUCCAAUGUUCUGUAGUCUUAACUGAUGCUAAUUAAUUGUCCUGUUUUUUUUUUUUUUUUUU